GGACGCCUGGAGCCGCCUGGGACAGAUGAGCAGUGUGAGUGCCAUGGAGGAAUACGUGGACGAGAUGAAGAAGGUUGCACAAGAGGUCAUCGACACCAUGCCCAUGAAUGAGAAGACGGCCUCGCUCUUCCACCACUUCGAGCCUCUCUACCUGGUCAUAGAUGACAUGCCGUGGCCUCCAGAGUCGCUGCUCACGCUCAGAGAAGGUCUCAAAGGAAGUGAGCAUGCUAACAAGCCUGUGGAGACAAAGGAUGAGGAUGAGGAGCAGGGUGGUCCUAAAGAAGACUCUUUCCUUUCAGAGGGUGCAGUUCCUGAUCAGGAGUUCAACCUCUCUGAUGUUAUAGACCUCACUGCCAACACCAUCGCUAAUGACUCUGGUGUGUGUGAGGGUGUGGUGUUGACCAGCGACUCGGAGAGCGAGAUCUUCUGUGACUCUGUGGAUUCAGUGGAGCAACUUGGCAACAUCAAGAUUCCAGUUGUCAAGUCCAAUGGUUUUCAUAAUGGCCACAUGUCCUUGGAGUCCCCUCCGGAUCAGAGCCAACAGCUGGAAGGCCAUCUGGAGGUCAGGCAGGUCGGAGCAGGUCAGGGUGGAGAGGGUGCAGAGGAUGGAAAGGGUCAGGGUCCCAGCAGAAGGGGCCGAGACACUGGACGGGAAGGUUCCUACCACAACUGGAGAGAACGUGGUGUACCUCAGGGCAGUCCGAGGCGGGGGACCCCAGGUGGUGGAGGUGGGGCCGGUCGAGGAGGAGGGGACGGUUCAGAGGGCGGGGUCGAGAGGCUGCAUGACGCCCAGCUACAGCAGCAGAUCAUCCUGGCCCUACGGAGGCUCAGAGAGGACAUGAGGAGUGUGAUGGACAGGCUGGAGGCAGUGGAGAGGCUUGCCGCUACACAUAGCCAGAGUUCAGAGUGGAGACCGUGUCUGCAGUGUGCAGCCUCACAACAACAGGAGGAGAAGUGGUGGCCGUUUGACGUGUCAGGUCAGACCGUCCUCCUCUUUCUGCUGUGGCCAUUUGUUGCUCAGGGUCUGGUCUACCUGCUGAGGAAAGCCCAGAAGAGGAGUCGCUUAUCUUCAUGAAGGAAGCCCGUGGAGACAUUUAACCAUCCGCCUGCAGUGAUCUACCGGUGCAAGAAGUUUAAUUUCUACAGCAGAAAGGAUUGAACCAAAUUCAUGGGAAGGCUUCAUCCUCCCUUGUUGUGUUCACCAAAAGGAGGGUGGAAAGUUAGCGGACUUACUGUCUGCUAGAAGAGAAAUGCAUCCACCUCAGGAUCCAGAGAUCCUCUCACUCACUACUGCAAACAAAUCUUUAUUUAAAUUAUUCAAGCGGAUUAAUCAGCUGGUUUCUGUUGGGCAGCAGGAAGCAGAUAGUGAACAUGAUAUUGACUUGGAUAAGUGCUUAAAUACUGAUCAUGAGGAGCCUGAAUGAAAGACUUGGAUUAUAUUGGUAUAUAAUCCAGGUUACUGAGACAUAAUGCACAUUCACCAUAUUUCUUUCUGGGAUAAGCUCAGUGUCUUUUGUAAUAUACAGAAUAUUGUCAAAUACAGCACAAUGCAACCGUAGUAUCUGCUCUCCAGUGGAAGGAGUCACUCUGCAUAUGGGUUGCUGUAGUUGUUAUAAUGUCACUGUCAUUUUAAAACCUGCUGUCUGCGAUGGGGACGAGCAGCUCUGGAUAGACCUUUUUCACAGUGGCUAUUUUGACAUGAAAUAGUAGGGUAAACACAGGUGACCAAUGAUGCUAAUUAAGGUCUAGUUCUAUUGAAGGAGAAGGUGAAGGAGUUGCUGUUGACCCUCCCCAAGCCCCACCCCUUCCUCCUUUCCUGCAUUUAGAUAUGCUAUAUGCUAGGCUCUAUAACAGUGACAUAUACAGUAUAGUCACAGCUAAGUAAUGUUAAAAAAAAAACGCUAGCUAGCUUAUUAGCUUCUGUUUUGCUAACAUAGCUAAUUGAUUUAGCGAGUUAGCUAGCGUUUUGCAAAUAGCAGCUAAUUUAUGUGAUAUGCCACUUUAAUUUUGAAGAUGGUUAAAUUAGUGACAUAUAUCUUUAGAUAGCUAGCUAAUGUUAGCAAAAACAACUGAUAGCUAAUCUACAUCAAUUGUUCGGUAUCUAGUUAGCUGGCUAGUUUUUAACUAGCAAACAAUUGAUGUAGAUUAGCUAGCUAGUUAGCAUAUAUAUGUUAUUUUAUCUUUUAACUAUCUUCAAAAUGCUGUUGUCUUUCCAACAUAGACGAGCCUACGGGAAAAGAGGAAGUUGACUGAGGCGCUGACUGAGCCCUGCUCAACUGUUAUUGGAGCACAGAGCAAAAAGGGGCGGGACUUAGGAAGAGACAAUCGUGCAUGUCCGCUCACUAGAGAGACUCUGCUACACUAAGUAGUACACAACCUUAAUUAUUAUUUUUGGUAACACCUGUGUUUACCCUACUAUUUAAUGCCAAAAGGGGCGCUGUGAAAAAGAUCUAUUUGACUAUUUGUCAUUUUAUUAUAAUCUUUAAGAUAUAAUUCUGACAAUGAAGCCAUCUUUCCAGUGUUCUGGUACUCUAUCUCUUAGACUGCUCGUGUCCUAACUGUACAUAAAUUACAUCUAGAAUACGACUUCUGAUAUAACAUCUAUUUUUAUGGAUAAAAUGUUAAAAUAAUCAGAUUGAUUUGUUGCAUCUAGAGUCAUUUAUUAUGACUCUGGGUGUAAUCAGAUGAAAUGACAAGUGUACUAUUGUCCAUAAAUGAUGGAAGAACUAUUUUCACGACUGCCCUGUAGUGAACAGUAAUGUAUAAAUACUAAAGCAUGAGAUCUAAUUAAAAAGUCUAUAUUGAAU